AGAGCUGGCGUUGGCUUACAAAAACACUCCAAUGCCUAAUACGACGGGGACGACGGAGCAGCUGACAAAAGAUUUCGACAUAACGCAGUAUGGCGAAGACUUAACAGAGAAGGCAGAGAAAGGGAAGCUGCAGCCCGUUAUAGGAAGAGACGAGGAGAUAGACAGAAUCGCUCAGAUAUUGAGUCGAAUGAUGACGAAGGCCCCACUGCUCAUUGGCGAGCCGGGUGUGGGCAAGACUGCAGUCAUCGAAGGCCUUGCGCAACGUAUUGUCGAGUCAGUUGUGGAGACAUUUGCCAAGUCAGUGACUUGUGUAAAUGUUUGUGGGGGUUUGAGGGGUCGUCGUAUAAUAUCUCUGGAUUUGUUGAAUUUGUCUGCGGGCACUUCGAUGAGGGGAGAGUUCGAAAAGAGAAUGAAAGAGAUUAUCACCUUUUUGCAGCGCAGAAAGAAAGACGUUAUUCUGUUUGUUGACGAAAUCCACACCCUCGUCGGCGCAGGCAAAACCUCUGGCUCUUCGGACGCAACGCAGAUCCUCAAAGUGCCUCUGGCCAGAGGAGAAAUUGUCUUGGUUGGAGCAACAACGCUUGAGGAAUACAAGCUGCACAUCGAAAAGGACGCUGCCUUCUGCCGCCGGUUCCAAAACAUCGUCGUUGAAGCACCGAGCAAAGAGAGGGCUCUCUCAAUAUUGAAGAAGGUGAAACACCACUAUGAGCAGUUCCAUGGUGUGGAGUUGCCUGAAGAUGUGCUUGAGUUAAUUGUAAAUAUGUCGGCUCAAUAUGUCAAGCAAAGAUCAUUUCCAGACAAGGCCCUCGAUCUUCUGGACGAGGCAUGCUCUUGGAAGAAGGUCUCGCACAACAAAAAGCUUGUACUCCUCAAAAAGCAAAUCGCCGACAUGGAAAGCAAUGCGGCUGACGCGACAGCUGAAGACUUGCAGAAGUUGAAGGAGGAGUUGGCUGCUCUCGAGGCGUUGACAGCUGUGGGCAUUUAUUGUGCUUGA